GGAGGCGGCCAUAUUGGGAGCCGCCGCUGUGUGAAACCGAGGGGCGGCAAGUGAAGUCCUGGCACCGGCGGCGAAGGGAAGACGGUGCCCGAGCCCGGCAACGGAGGCGCGGCGGGGCGUGGGGGCGUCCAGCCGGCCCAAGACGCGCCUCGGACGGCGGGGUUUCCCCAGCUGGGGUUUUUCUUCCGGUGCGGCCUGGUCUCUAGCGCCUCAUCCCCGGCCUCGCGUGAUCCUCCAAGCCGGGCACCCUGUACUCCCACCCGGCUUAGAAGGGGAGCCUUAUGCCUCGUCGGUGGUAGUGCCUUCCGACCGCCCAUUGAGCCCCGCUUCCCACAUGCUGGUGGCCUGGCCGCCCCCCUCGCCCUGAGGAGGAGGAGGAGAAGAAGAGGAGGAGGAGGACCCCGACCCCCUCCAGCUGGGUCAGGGAGCAGGAAGAGGGGAAGGCGCUGAGCAGCUGGGGGGACACCCCCUCAGGCCUUUGCCAAGGGGAACCAUGUCGAACAGCGGCCGCAGCCCCCUGCCCACCGUGACGGAGAACUUGGAGCAGCCGGCCUUGGGACACCCAGACUCCAAACCCAGCACAAAGUCCAACAUGCUACGAGGCCGUAUCCCUGCCACCUCCGCUGACGAGCAGCCCCAUAUUGGGAACUAUCGCCUGCUGAAGACAAUUGGCAAGGGCAAUUUUGCCAAGGUCAAGUUGGCACGGCACGUUCUGACGGGGAAAGAGGUGGCUGUGAAAAUAAUCGACAAGACGCAGUUGAACUCCUCCAGCUUACAGAAGCUCUUCCGGGAAGUGCGAAUAAUGAAGGUUUUGAAUCAUCCCAAUAUAGUUAAGUUAUUUGAAGUCAUAGAGACGGAUAAGACGCUGUACCUCGUCAUGGAGUACGCCAGCGGAGGCGAAGUGUUUGACUACUUAGUCGCUCACGGCAGAAUGAAAGAGAAGGAAGCGCGGGCGAAAUUCCGACAGGUUGGUGCUGUUUCCCCCUUUUUUUAGCCUGGGAAAAGCCAUAGCCAGUAAGGGGUCUCUGCCCCCACCCGUAGCUUGGCCAAGAGGAAAUUGGGGCUGUGGGAAAGAGACAGGGCUGCGCGAGUGCCGAAUUUGCUCCUCAUAGAAUUUGGCAUCCUGACCCUUAACGUUUGAGGUCAAAAGCAACCCCUUAGGAUCCUUAGGUUGAUAAGCACGGCUUUUGAAUUUUUAAAAGCUGGGGUGGAAGAGGGAAGGGAAGGCGCUAGCCAAGGGCAGCUGACUGCAUUCUGGAAAAGUUUCUCCUCCUUUGCUGACCUCCCCGGUUAUGUGCAGUUGAAUCUUGAAUGAGAGAACAAAAAAAACCUUCUUGAAAGGCGCAAAGGCCUUUUCUGGUCCAAAUGGGCUUGUGUGUGAUGGUCUUUCUUCCUUUGGCAUGCAACGGUAUUUAUCGUGGUCCUUCCAUUCAUCCAGAUGUUGACAACUGGGGCUUUUGUGAAGCCCCUUAUGGCCCCUUCCAGCCCAGAAAGCAAAAUUCUCACAGUUGCCAAGUAGCAGGUUUAUUGCAAUGACAAAGGGGUUAGGUUACAGACUCUAGGAAGCUGGCUGGUGUGGCUCGGCCCUCAUUUAUCAAAGAGUACAUUAAGGCAGGGCCUCCCCGCUGCCAUUGAUUUUUCUUCUUAUGGAGUCCUGGUUUAAGGGGAAGGAGGCUAGUUUCUUAUUCAGCAGUAUUUUGGAAAUGUCCACUUUCAUUCCCCAGGCCAGAGAAUUCCAUUGCCGCUUGCUUCCUCCACCCCUUGGUCUCCUCUCCUUAUAAUGCCACCUUAACUAGGGGCUGUCACUGUGUCGUGUGACAAUCAGUUCCUUAAAAUUAGUCAUACAUAGUAGGAAAACGGUAGAGUUGGAAGCUAAGUAAGAAAAUGAGCUUGGAGCUGCACACCAGUGGGUGGGAAGGAGAAGAGGGAGAAGAGAGAGUCUCAUUGGUUCAUUGGUGCAACAGUUUUGCCCCCCCCCCAGGAACAGACAACCCCUCCCCCACAGGCCUGCCUUUCUGGAUGCUGUGUG